AUCACGUUUAACCUACUAGACAUCACUUCAGACAACAUGAGCGGACGCGGUAAAGCAGGAAAAGCAAAAGGAGGCAAAUCCAAAACCCGGUCGUCACGUGCCGGACUCCAGUUCCCGGUCGGGCGUAUUCAUCGUCUGUUGAGGAAAGGAAACUAUGCCGAACGUGUCGGAGCCGGAGCACCGGUAUACUUGGCCGCCGUCAUGGAGUACUUGGCAGCUGAAGUUUUGGAGUUGGCCGGUAAUGCCGCCCGUGACAACAAGAAGUCCCGUAUCAUCCCCAGACAUUUGCAAUUGGCCAUCAGAAACGACGAGGAGUUGAACAAAUUGUUGUCCGGAGUGACAAUCGCUCAAGGCGGUGUGUUGCCCAACAUCCAGGCCGUUCUCUUGCCCAAGAAGACCGAGAAAAAAGUUUAAAUUAAUUCCUGAUAUAUCAUGUGACAUGUACUCGUUUAAAAGGUCCUUUUUAGGGCCACCAAUUAUUUUGAUGAUUUGUUUAUUGUUUGCUACUUAUAUAKUCAUGUGUUAUUGUAGUUUUUUCAAUAUUUUUGUAAUAAUAUUCAAUGGAAUGUAAAUUGUUUCUACUAAA